CCUAAUAAUAAUAACAAUUAACAAUGAUGAUGAUGAUAACUUGAUAAGCUUAAGCUUUGAUUAACACGAGAUAUAUAUGAAAAAUUGUAUCUUUAAAAAAAAGAUAUGGAAAAUCUCUGUGAUUUACAUAUUUUUUAUUAUACAAUCCAACGAGUCAGCUAAAAUCCCUUGUUUCCUGUUCCAAAUUCUCUUAAAUUUUCUUGGAGACCAAGAAGAUUUCCCAUCAACAGCAUCUGCUCAGGCUCAGUUCCCAACUUUUUUCUCUUGCUCACGCUUCUUUCUCAAGCUUCCAUCUUUCUGAUUUCUCCACACACACAAAAAAAAAGUAAGUGCUAAAAGAGAAGGAAAAUAUGUGAAAAGAUAAAGAAAAUUGCAGUGUUGCAAUCAAUCAUUCAUCGCAGAGACGAUUCUCCGCGCCCAUUGCGAGGAGAAAGUGGAGAUAUAUAGGAAUAUAGGUAUGCGUGUGUCUUGACGCAGACGCAAGAGAAAGGAAUUAAAAACUGCAUGGGUGUUUCGUGUUGAAGUUCAUUUUUCUUGCAUUUACGGAUGAAAUUCGCGUCUGCUUUGGCACCAGCAUCUCGCUCUUGUCGUUUAGUUGCGCAAGUUCGUGUUUUUAAGGUAGUUGAAUGGUCUGCAGCGAAGCCCUAUUUUCGUGAUUUUCCGCUUUUGCCUUUUUUUUUUCUUAUUAUUUUUCUGCGGUCUAGUUUUGGUGGUUUGCUUGAUUGCGGUGGUGCAUUGCAGUUGUGGAUAAAGUUUGGGCUUUUUGGCUGAUGGCAUGUUAGAGUAGUUUGAUCCUGAGGGUUGCUGUGGUGGAUUGGUUGGAGCUUUUGGAAUUGGAGGGGUUGAAGGAAUGAGUUCUAGUGUCUCAGAAGCUGUUGUUCAGACGGGGAAGCUCGUGGUUCACGUUGCUGAGAGUGGGCAGUCGUAUAAGAUUGAGUGUGAUGAAUGCACUCUAGUUGAGGCAGUGCAGAGUUUCCUAGAAUCGGCGUGUGGUAUAGCGUUCAGUGAUCAGCUUCUUCUGUGCUUGGACUCGAAGCUCGAACCCCAUAGAACCCUCUCAGUUUACAAGCUUCCAUCUGAUGAAAGGGAAGUUUUUCUGUUUAAUAAGGCGAGGAUGCGGAGUAAUUCACCCUAUCCUGAACCCGUGCAGGUUGAGAUCAUCGAUAUUCCUGAUCCCCCGUUGCCAUCUCCGUCUCAAAGCCCUCUUGCUGUGGAUGAUGCUUCUGACCCUGCUCUGAAGGCCUUGCCUUCGUACGAGAGACAGUUCAGAUAUCAUUUUCACUGCGGACAUGCUAUUUACAGUCGUACCUCAGCAAGAUUCGAGACGUGUGAGAGGCUUUUGGAAGAGCUGAAGGUGCAAGAGAAGGCAUUGGAGAUUGCUAGGGGUAAUUUAGAUCAUUUCUAUAAGAUGAUUCAUCAGAACUAUGUGGAUUUUAUGAAAUGCUAUUCGCAGCAGCACCGUAGUCAUGCCAACCUUCUGGCCACGUUUGCGAGGGAUAAAGAGAAACUGAGGUCUAUUAGACUUCUGCCGGCCUUACAGACUGCUAAUCGCAAGUGCUUGCUGGAUUUUGUGAAGGAAGAAAACUUGCAGAAGACGUGGGAGGAUUGCAGCAGUUUGCACAAGCAGUUUCAGAAUAAGGUUUCAGAGUUUAAACUGGAAUUCGGAGAGCUUAAGAACAAUGCAGAACAUCUAUUCUCCGACAAAGCUUCGUUUCUUAUCAAAGACUUGGAGUCAUCUAUAAGAGAUCGCCAACAGAUUGUCAAUGAGCAGAAGAGCAUAAUGCAGGCGUUAAGUAAAGAUGUAAAUACUGUGAAGAAGCUCGUCGACGACUGUCUUUCUGGCCAGAUGUCGUCUUCACUGCGUCCUCAUGAUGCAGUCUCGGCAUUGGGGCCUAUGUAUGAUAGCCAUGACAAGAAUUUUCUUCCAAGGAUGAAGGCAUGCGAGGGCGAAAUUUCCAGUUUGCUCGAUUUCUGCACAGAUAAAAAGAAUGAGAUGAAUAUCUUUGUGCACAGUUUUAUGCAAAAAAUUGCAUAUAUCCAGCACAAGAUUAAGGACGUACGCUACAAGUUUUCUGUGUUCCACGAGGCUUUGAAGCGCCAAGACGACCAGUUUGAGCAAUUAAAAGUGGUUCGUGGAAUUACUCCUGCAUACAGAGCGUGUCUUGCUGAAGUUGUGCGGAGAAAAGCAGCGAUGAAGAUCUACAUGGGCAAGGCAGGGCAAUUGGCUGAAAAACUUGCAACGGAGAGGAAUACUGAGGUUAGGAGACGUGAGGAGUUCCUUAGAGUACAUACUUCUUUUAUCCCUCGAGAUAUUUUAGCAUCUAUGGGAUUGUACGACACCCCGAAUCCUUGUGACGUAAAUGUGGCUCCUUUUGACUCUAAUUUGCUUGACAUAGACCUUGUAGAUUUAGAGUUUUAUGCUCCUGAAUCAAUGCUAGGGCUCCUUUCGAAGACUGAGAAGCAUGGGACUCUCAAGAGCUCAUUGUCCAUGUCUGAUGAUGGUUAUCGGGCGGCUGCAGCAGAAGGCGUAACUGGCUACCUUGAAAAAUAUGAUUACGGGGAAGUGCUUGAGGAGUCGGAGUUGGUUGAAAUCGCAGGUACUAGCAAGAUGGAAGUCGAGAAUGCAAAGCUGAAAGCUGAACUUGCUUCGAAAAUUGCCCUAAUAUGUUCCAUGAGUGCCGAGCUUGAUUAUGAAUCGCUCGAUGAAUGUAAACAAGAUAGUUUACUGAAAAAUGCGGCACAGAAGACUUCCGAAGCAUUAAGUCUGAAAGAUGAAUACGAAAAACACCUCCAGUCGAUGCUGAAGGUCAAGCAGAAGCAGUGUGAAUCCUACAAGAAACGGAUUCAAGAAUUGGAGCAGAGGCUAUCUGAUCAGUGUAUGCGAGGUGCGGAUGGGCCUAAUUUGAUGGUUUCAACUACAAAGACCGAUGAUAACAAGUCAGAGGUGUCGGGGGUUGAAUCAGUUCAUAUGCACCGAGGAAUGGAGGAGGUGUUGUGUGCAUCUAGCACUUCAAAAUCCGGGAUUUUAACGGAACACGAUAAGUCACAAGAAGGAUUGGAUGAUAAUAUGACUGAUUCCUCUAGUAUGUUGAAUUCUCAUCUGGAUUCAUCGAUGCUAGAUCUACACCGUGAUAAAGGGCAUCUUUGUUAUAAAGAUAAGAUGGCAACACCACAGUCAGAUGCUGGCACGAGCAUCAGUUCGAGUAAUAUGGCCGUCAGCAUGUCUCAGCUGAUUACGUCAGAUUUGGAUGGUAAAGGAAAUGGUGGACUUUUGGGGGAACUGCAAAAUGCACUAUCAGAGAAAUCAAGCCAGUUAGACGACGCAGAAGCCAAGAUUCGAUCAUUAACUGAUGAAAUUUCCAGACUCGGGAGGGAUUUGGAUGCCAGUCAGAAGCUACUCGAUGAAUCUCAGAUGAACUGUGCUCAUUUGGAGAAUUGCUUGCACGAGGCCAGAGAGGAAGCCCAAACACAUCUUUCUGCAGUUGAUCGCAGGGCCUCAGAGUAUAACGCGUUGCGUGCAACUGCGGUCAAAAUGUGUGGUCUCUUUGAAAGACUGAGAAGCUGCGUUUCAUCGGUUGAGGUGGCUGCGUUUGCCGACACUUUACAUGCUCUAUCACAGUCUUUAUCUAGAUCUUCAAGUGAGGCCGGUGAGGAUAGUGCUUCUGAGUUCCGUGAAUGCAUUCAGAUGCUAGCCGAUAAGGUCGGUCUGUUGUCGAGACAACGUGCAGAAUUCCUCGAAAGAUCUACGGAAGCUGAAGCUGCAAAUAAGCAGCUUAACAAAGAGCUACAUGAGAAGAAAGAGUUGGUAAACACUCUCUAUUUGAAGCAUCAUAUGGAAAAGCAGGCAAACAAAGAAAAGAUUUGUUUAGGUCGUUUAGAAGUCCACGAGCUCGCUGCCUUCGUCCUCAACUCCUCCGGCCACUAUGAGGCCAUCAACCGUAGCUGCCCUAACUAUUACCUUUCAGCUGAAUCUGUCGCGUUAUUUACUGAAAAUGUCUCCCGAAAUCAGAGCUACAUCUUAGGGCAGGUGGUGCAUAUCGAACAACGGGUGGUGAAGCCUCCUCCGCCAACCCUAACCCUAGAUGAAGCCGUUGAUAACUCCGAGAGUGGGGGCAACCAGUCGACUCUAGAUCAAGGUUCGCUUCCCAACCCCUACGGCCUUCCCGUUGGGUGUGAAUACUUCGUAGUGACUGUAGCUAUGCUACCGGAUACCGUGAUACGAUCGCCUCUUUCCUGAUCUUGUUGCAGAUAGAUGUGAUGGAAGAGACCAAGUGUAAAUAUGUCAUAACUUUGCUACUGAACUUUUUAGUGAGAGUAUGACUUGGUCCCUCCUGUAAAGAUGACAAUCAAUUCAAUCCAAUCUCUUUGUAAAUACACUUUGCAACUCUUGUAAAUAUGUUAUAAUUUUUUUUCUUUACAACAUCUUUUUAUGGUUGGAGUUGCUCAUGAAGAGUGGUAACUCAUCUUUUGAUAGCUUAAUCUUGAUUCAUUUGAUUA